UCAUUACCAUAAAAUCUGAAUAUAUUCAAAAGCUCAUUAAUAUCAUAAAUCAAAAAGUAAAAGUCAUGUUCCUCGACGACUUUGGAUUCCCCUUGGAGGUGACUGCAGAAACUCUGAACAAGUAUUCCUACGAUCUGCAUAAUACAAAACUUCUGACCUCGGCGGAUACUGAGUUCUAUCUGCCCCCCAAAUGGCAUGGCACUAUUUACAGCACUGAGGAGCUAUUGUAUUCCUACAGAAAGCGAUAUAAUCCGGAUCCCACUCUGCUGACCUUCCAUGCCCUGCAACCCUAUGAACCCGAGUUCAUCUGCUGCCAGAAUGCUGUGGUGGAGCUAACAGUCCUGCCGGCUGGCCAAAGCCUCUAUAGUGAUAAAGAAAUCGUUGUUUUUCUGGUCAAGCAGCCAGCUGAAGACAGAAACACUCUAAUUACAAAGGAACUGGGCACCCAACUAGAUUUCUUUCCGCACAACCAUCACUAUCAUGCCCGGAUCUUGGACGAGGGCAUUGAUGUGGUCUAUGUGGAUGACAAGAUCUAUAAAACAGGUCCGCCCACCAGUUAUCAGCAUCAGCGUCUGUACAAUUUGCUCAGAAAUAUCCAGCCGGGUGCCGUGUUGGGCCUUUCAGGGAAUCCCUUGCCUGAUAUCCUCCGCACUGUUUGCAGGAAAACAGCUCAUGGAGUAAAGAUGCACAAAUGAGGGGCACCUCUUCCUCUUCUUCCACGGAUAUAAAAGCCCUUCCUUCCAACAUCAUAGUCCGGUUUAAUAAACUUUGUGACUUCAGAAAAUUCGUCUAGCUCGCCGAUUGUUUGCAUAUCUGAUGGCGACGCAUUAGUCGCAGUUGGUUGGGCCAACUGUCUGCGCUUUUCCUGUCUGCCAAUUGAUUUGAUUAUGCUCUAGCCGAGGAGGAAGUGAAAAUCUGAAGGAGAUUAUGAGGUUUAAAAGGGCGUUUAGCUAAUAUUUUGUUAGCUUAUUAUUGUAUUUAAAUAGUUAUUAAGCUUGUUGAUGCUGAGCUU